AUGGCCGGGAUGCUCGACACGGACCGCGCGCGAAACCGACGUGAGAGGACAUUUGUGGGUGGAGAAUGUGCCGCUUGCGAAGAGCUGCUGGAGCACACAUUGAGGGGAGAACGGGUGUUGCAGUUCUCAUGCGGCCACGUCGCUCAUGAGGCGUGCUUCUACGAGUAUAUCAAAGAUUCAGACUCGCAGUACUGCCCGUCAUGCGAGGCUCCCCUCAGCCUCGAUUCUUUCCGCGGGGGAAGCAUCCUCGAUCUGACCAAGUUGAGUAACAUGGUUCGAGCGGUCGCCUCCAAGGACGUCGCCUCACCCAGAAGCUCGCAGAAUACACCAAUGCCCUGGGACGCGGGCAGCAAACAAAUUCCUCAGGAAGAUUCCUACAGCGCCCACGGAACGACAGAUCGAGAUAGCCGGAAAACCUCGAACCGGGAUAGUCGAGACAGCCAACGGAUGCGCAUUGAACGACUUGGAAUUGGCCACGGCUAUUAUGGGCUUCAGACUCAGACUCCAACUCAUACUCCGACCCACACUCAGACUCACUCACGUAAUGACAGCGGCAAUGCCUCCUCGGCUGACUACACAAAUGACCACGGUAGUCACCCGCCCCGGAAGCACGACUAUGACCUUCACGCCAUGGAGACUUCGGUCCCGGGCGCACAGGUCAAGGAGACGAAGCAACCAAUACCCGCACCUAUCGUCACCGUCCGUAGCGAAUAUCCAACCUUGACCCGGUCACGUCAGCAGCAGACCGUCACGUGCCUUGUGACAGUCGAGGUGCCUGAAGGGAAAUGGCAUGGUCAAAUGGAUGAAGCGCAGCAUACUCCCCCAGUUCCUCCGCUGCCUAGCGACUCUGCCGUGGGCAUGCCAGCAAUGCAUAGGCAGCACGAAAUGCAGCAAUCCCCCAUGACUUACGGGUCGCCUGACAUCAUGGACGAAAUCACCCAAGAGCUCAGGGCACGUGUGGAUAACUGGCACGGGCUUGAGUUUCAGAGGUUCGGAAAGCUACGCCUCCAUGGCGUGGUCCGCGUGGGCAAGGACCGCUACUCAUGGCAGGAACUCGAGUGCUACUUGUUUGGCGAGAUGCUCAUCUGCGUCAAGGAGAAGAAGAAUGCUCAGCCUCCUCUCAUCACCGAGUCCGGCCGCAGGCUGACCAGGUGCACUCUCAAGGGUUCGAUCCUGAUCAAAAAGCAUCUGAGGCAGGUACACGCUUCUCCUGACGAGGGCAUCUUGACCUUGAACCUGUCGGUCGCAGAGCUACCAACCUUCCAUCUGUUAUUCCCGGAACGAGAAAAGUUAGAACUCUGGCAACGCGCUCUACGCGACCUUCAUACAAGCGAGCCCUCUCCACGGUUCAAUUCCGACUACGAGCAAGACACUUCCGGUACAGACGAAGAAUACGACAGCCACCGAAACCGGCACGUUCGACGGGUGCCUUCCGUGGCUUCGUCGUACGGCGGCCCCAAAUCUGCCACGACAGCAGCCACCGAGUACUCGAUGCCGAAGAACGUCGUCGAGCGACGGGUGGCACCCUCUCUGCACGUCCCCGUGGAUAUCGUUGUUGUCAUUCCAGUGUCCUCUUCUAUGCAAGGCUUGAAGAUCACCUUGCUGCGGGACACACUCCGGUUCCUCGUACACAAUUUGGGUGACCGGGAUCGGAUGGGUCUCGUCACCUUUGGCUCGAGCGGCGGAGGAGUCCCGGUGGUUGGGAUGACUACCAAGACAUGGAGCGGAUGGAACAAAGUGCUCAACUCGAUCCGGCCUGUCGGGCAGAAGAGCCUGCGGGCGGAUGUGGUUGAUGGCGCGAACGUGGCGAUGGAUCUGUUGAUGCAACGUAAAGCGGCAAACCCCAUCUCGACCAUCCUCCUGAUAAGUGACUCCUCGACCUCGGAAAUGGACGGCGUGGAUUUCGUCGUCCAAAGGGCCGAAGCCGCCAAGGUCGGCAUCUACUCCUUUGGCCUUGGACUCACGCACAAACCCGAGAGCAUGCUGGAGCUGUCGAGCCGGACAAAAGCCUCGUAUCUCUAUGUGAAGGACUGGAUGAUGCUACGCGAGUGCGCUGCCGGUGUCCUCGGCGCACUGCAAUCGACCUCGCACCAGAAUGUGAAAUUGAAGCUCAAAUUGCCGGAAGGUUCGCCCGCGAAAUUUGUCAAGAUCAAUGGCGCUCUACAAACGACGAAGCGGGCGGCCGGCCGGGACGCCGAAGCCACGUUGGGCGACCUUCACUUUGGCGACAAGCGCGAUGUGCUCGUCCAACUCGUGAUUGAUCCGGAUACCUCGACCUCGGAGCCUGCUCCCCAGGAUGCCUGGGAAUCGAUAGUGUCUGGCCUCGAGGCUUUGGGCGGCUCCGCUGACGUGGACGAUCAGAGGGUCCAGAGCGUGGAAGAAUUGCCGUUGAUCCAGGCUGAUUUAUCCUUUGGUGAUCUACAAAGAGAUGGCUCCAUGGUACAGUUACCGCGGCCAUCACUGCUCACCAUCACCAUGUUACCAUCGAACAGACGCUCCCGACAGAAUGGAAGACCCCCGACCCCCCCGAUUCCUCCUCAUCCAUCGAUAGUCCAACGACGGAUGGAGCUGUUGACAUCAGACAUGCUAAGUCGAGCACUCACUCUCGUCCACCGCGGGCAGCACGACCGGGCACAUCACCUGCUCAAUGAAACAAGGACCAUCCUCAAGGGCUUGGGUAAAGGCAGUCUGCCACCCCUCCCUCCCAGUGCGAGUAGUUCGACCAACAGGCGCCACAGUCCCCAGUCCAAGUCUGGGAGCCCCAGAGGCAGCACACCCGAGCGUGGCCGAGACCAUAGCCCCCACUCGGAUGCCAGUACACCUAUUCCGAGAUCCGCCGCCCAUGUCGACCAAACGCUGAUGAACGCGCUCGAUGCCGACAUCGAAGCCAGUCUGGAAUGGAUCAACCACCCGGCUGUGUUCUCGCGCGACUCGCGCAAAGCGGUGCUUCAAGCCAUCGGCGUCAUAUCCUCUCAGAGGGCUUACACUUUCCGCACGGCUUCGGAAUCCUUAUGGGCCGAGCGAUUAAGCGGAGUCAAGAGACUCACAGAAUACUCUCGCGAGUGGAGGGAAGCCGGCGACGACGCCCUGACUGAAGAGUAA